AGGAUGUGAGGAGUGGAUGUGCCAUCAUGGUUGUAGCGGCGUGAUGUUAGGACAUCAACUGCUCGGAUUUUUCUGUCUCGUUUGCUGCGGUGAACAUGGACGAUGCGGCAUAACUUCCAUUUGAGGUGGCCCAUAGAGGGCUAGGAUGAUGGCGAUACAAAAUUGUGUUUGUCUGGUGAUGCCAUCGCGUGUUGUGUAUUCAAGGAACUGGAUUGGAUUUGGGCCAUAGCAGUAGGGAUCAAAGUCUGGGUUGGAGGUGUAAUCAGCUUGAGGAUGAUGUCAAAUUCAAUUUUGGAAGCUGAGAUGAGGCGUGGAUCAGCGAGGAGAUUUCGGAAUUCAUUUAGGUGUUGGAGGUUGUGUGGGUUUUCUGCUGUCCAGGGUUCAUGAAGAGGUGCAACAAUGGCGGUUGUGAAGAUGGAGAAAUCUUUUUGACGGUGUUGUACGCGAAGUUGGGUAAUUGUGUUAGAUGUGAUUGUUGCAUUUCCAAUUCCUGAGAUUGUGUGUGUGAUAUCUCCUUCUUUUGUUGGUAGACGGAGAAGGUUGACAAGGCGUUGUGUUAUCAUUGUGAGUUGAGAGCCAGAAUCAAGGAGGGCGUAGACGGGUUCUUCAUGAGGAAAAAGGCGUACUGCAGCUGUUUCAAGGAGAGAGUAUGCGGAUGACGUGAAGGUGGAGCAGGAGAGUGCUAGUCAUGCGGGUGCGGCUGCAGGUGCGGCUGCAGGUGCGGCUGGUUGUGCUGCAGGUUGUUGUGCUGGUUGGGCUGCAGGUGCAGCUUGGGCUGGCAGGCGAGAAUGGAUCUCUUGUACAAGCUGGAGUGCGGUGUGGUGUUUGCCGGUGCAGUUGCGACAUCUGCCGGUGCUUUGGCAUUGCGUGGAAUGAUGUUGGGAGCUGAGGCAGUUGUAGCAGAGCUGUUGAUUGUUUGUGGCUGUGAUUCUUUCUUCAAUGGUGAGUGGAUUGGCGAGAUCGACGAUGUGGUGAUCUGGAGCGACUGCGGGAUUGACGACGGUGUCUACGGGUUGGUGUUCUGGAUCGUCGUCUCGAUGGUGAGGGGCGUCGUCGCUGGUUGCGAUCUGGAUAUUCGCUCCAUGUGUUGGUGUCGGCGGGGUCGUUUUGUUGGUGACAUCGCAUUUCUAAGCGGACAUUGGUCCAAUGCCCGGCUUGGUGUAGGAAGGAUUUGA